AUGGAUAGUCGCUGUCACCCAGAGAGUUGCAAUUUCGCACAACAACUUCUUAAAACUCAGCAGAAUCAAAGACUGCUUCAAUUCUUGAUGAAACUCAACCAGAAAUAUGAACAUCCUAAGAGCACUAUACUUAUGAUGAAUCCUGUACCUACAAUUUCGAAGGCUUAUGGUCUUCUUCUUCAAGAAGAACAACAGAAGGAACUGCAUGUUGUUAAGAAUCAAACUCAAUUAGAUUCUGCAGCUUUCAAUGCUAGAAGGUUUGACAACAAAAAUUAUAGGCCUCAAUACAAUUAUGGUUCAGGUCCAUACAAUUCAGGUUCUGGUCAAUACAGUUCUAGUUCUGGCUUUCAAACUAAAAAUGCAAAUCAGUUCAGAAGCUCAACCAGAAAUAAUUUGUUCUGUGAUCAUUGUAAAAUGAGAAACCAUACAAUAGAUAAAUGCUGGAAACUGCAUGGAUAUCCAAAAGAUUUCAAAGCCAAGGGCAAGAGAGUAGCAGCAGCUCCUCAUUUAGGUGAGCAUUCUGUCAAAGAAUCACACAGUGAAGGAGAAUCAGGAUUGGUUCAUGCUACCUUCACAGAGAAGCAAUACAAUCACUUGAUGCAGUAUAUGAACAAUAACCAAAUUGCUAAUCAAGUUGAGAACACUGGCUUUCACUCACUUGGAUUAGCAACAACCUCUCAGCACAAAGGUACUUUAUGUAUAUUUUCCAAUUUUAAAAGCAAGUGGGUUCUAUAUAGUGGUGCUAGUGAUCACAUGUGUUCGGAUUUGUCAUUAUUUAGUUCUUUUCAGAAUGUGAGUGAUGAUCAACAUACUAUUACUAUUCCUAAUGGAUCACAACUAUCAGUAAAACACAAAGGUGUUAUUCAUAUAGGAAAAGAUCUUACACUUAUAGAUGAUCUUUCCAAGAACAAGCAUACUCUGCUUGGUAAGUUGGAGAAGGGUCUGUACAGUUUGCAUGAAGACUUGUUAGCAUUUAACAGGAAUAAACAUGCUUUUUCUAUUGCUGGAUCAACUGCUACAAGAAGCCAAACUCUGGCACCUCAGACUAGGUCACAUCAGAAUGGUGUGGUUGAAAGAAAAUACAAGCAUCUUCUUGAGACAACUAGAGCUCCUCCUUUUCAAUCUAAUUUACCUGCAAGAUACUGGAGUGAGUGCAUUCUUGUUGCUACAUAUCUCAUCAAUAGAAUGUCAUUAAAGAGUAUUAACUUUUGUACUCCCUAUGAGAAACUAUUCAAUACUAAGCAUGAUUUAUCACAUUUGAGGGUGUUUGGUUGUUUGUGUUACAUCACAACUGCAAAAGUCAGUAGGACUAAAUUUGAUCCUAGAGCAGUUCCUUAUGUAUUCUUGGGUUACCCUUCAUAUCAAAAGGCUUACAACGUAUUAAACCUAGCUACUAACAAAGUUGUCACUUCCAGGGAUGUUGUUUUCCAUGAAAAACACUUCCCUUACCAUUUUUCACCUACACCAACUUCAGCCUACAAAACUCAGUUUUUUCUUCAAGUUUCUACUGAUAUAUCAGAUUCUUCUUCCUUUUCUAAUUCUCAACUCCUUCCAUCUAUAUCUCUUCCUAACAACACUCUUAGGCCCUGUUCUUUUUGGCUUAAUUUCUGUUUUAGGACUUAUUUGGAAGUUUAG